UCUCAAAACAUCCAUUGGAAAUUCGAAAGAUCCCCGAAAAACAAAAAACAACAAAUGCAAAGCCAUCACAAUCGAAGCAGGAUCAGCGUAAUUCUACGGUCCAGAUUCAUCCCUUCUUUCUCUUCACCAUUUUCCCUCUUCGUCGUCCUCGCCGCUGUUCCUUUCCCGAUCUACUUUUCCGGUCUGCUCUCAUCUUCUUCCGGUAGAAACAACAAGGCGGCUUCAGUUAUGAGACUCAACUCGAACUUAGCUUCGAUGGCGGAACCGAAUAUUUCUUGUACCACUUUCAACAUAUUGGCUCCAAUUUAUAAACGGGUUGAUCAACAGAAUCAGAGCAUUCGAGAGAGCGAUUUUCACUCGCUUUGGUUUACUCGGAACCAGAAGAUUUUAGAUUGUCUACUCCAUCAACGGUCUUCGGUUAUCUGUCUCCAGGAAGUUUGGGUUGGUAAUGAGGAAUUGGUGAAGAUGUUCCACGAGCGGCUUGGCACUGCAGGCUACACUAUUUUCCAGUUGGCUAGAACAAACGGUCGUGCUGAUGGUCUUUUGACUGCCAUCCAUAAGGAUAACUUCAAACUUGUAAAUUACCGGGAGCUGCUCUUUAACGAUUUUGGAGAUCGUGUUGCUCAGCUCUUACAUGUCAAAUCAGUUGUUCCCUUUCCUCUUAAUGGGAAACAAGACAUUCAGCAAGAAGUUCUUAUAGUGAACACGCAUCUCUUGUUCCCACAUGAUUCUAGUUUGUCUAUUGUAAGAUUGCAUCAGGUUUACAAAAUUCUCGAAUAUCUGGAAGCUUACCAAAAGGAAAACAAACUUACUCACAUGCCCAUUAUUCUCUGCGGUGACUGGAACGGAAGCAAGCGCGGGCAUGUAUACAAAUUCUUGAGAUCUCAAGGGUUUGUAUCAUCAUACGAUGUUGCUCAUCAGUAUACAGACAGUGAUGCUCAUAGGUGGGUUAGCCAUAGAAACCACAGGGGAAAUAUAUGCGGAGUUGAUUUCAUAUGGCUCUGUAAUCCUAGCAAUUCAAGAAAACCGUUGAGAACAAGUUGGGUGGAAGCUGUUUUCAGCAUUAUCAAGUAUCAAGUCCAGAAAGCUUCGAUAGCUGAAGACAAUGCCUUUGCUAUUCUGGGGGCAAAUAAUCAGAGUGAUUCACUAACUUACUCCGGAUUUUGUCAAGCACUUCAAAAGGUAAACCUAACGGGCAUUCCACAUGGACUUAGCUUCCAAGAGACAAAAGAGCUAUGGGUUCGAGCUGAUCUUGAUGGAAAUGGUGUGUUCGACUAUGAAGAACUUAAGAAAAUUUGGAGCAUGACAAUGAUGAAUCAAUCUGGAAACUGCAAAGAGAGUGUGAUGGAAGAAGGAGAAGGAGAAGAAGAAGCGAUUGGAUUGAAAGUGAAUAAAGCGGUUUUGUUUCCGCAAGAAGCAGAGAAAGGAUUGUGGCCGGAGAAUUACAGUCUCUCCGAUCACGCUUGUCUCACCGUACAGUUCUCACCGGUCAAAAUGAUCUGUAGUUAAGUUUUGUUUAUUACUCUUGUAAAUGUAAAGAAGCAAUGAGAUUGAGAUUUGCCACGAGAAGUUUACAUACCUCUGAAGUUUGUAUAGUUUUUGAGAUAAGUUUUUGAACUUUUGUAAUAGCAUCACUGUUUAUGAUAAAUUAAAGAGAUUGUUUUUUUA